CGUUCGUGGAGAGCGCAUGCGUUUGAUAUUUUUGUUAGGUAAAUUGUGUGACGGUGAACAUUAGAAGAUAUUGCGCUGGAGUUUUAGCUCUUCGCUACUGUCUACCAGCGUAUUAAUGUCUUUUCAUCUGCUUAGUUAAAUCCACAAUUUAUUUAAUUUUGUGUUGAAAAAAAAAACAAUACUUCAUUUAAAACAAAACAAGUUUAUGUGUUUUUUACAUUCGUUGUGAGUUCAACUCUGCUCUCGCUCGUGACUUUUAAAACAUUUUUAAAUCAACGAAAUGGCAUUCCAAAAACAACUACUAUUUGUUGGCUUAUUUUUGCUUUUGCUACAGUCGGCUGUCGUCGUUACUUCCGCCAAAGCUGGGAGCCAGAAAGUGGUGAAGGAAACUCAAGAUGAUAAAACGAAAGCUGCUGAAUUCCCCGAAGAGGAUGCGGAUAUGCUAAUGGAGCCAAAUGACUUUGCACCCGUUACCGUACUCCGCUCACAGGAACAGCAAUUCCAUGUGCCACCCACCUAUCAGUUCCGUCCAUUGCCAGCCAACCCCGUUGCAGUAGCACGUUCUGAUGUACAUCCUACCGCACCACAUCCAUCGCCCUUGGACUCACAUACACAAGCAGCUCAAAACUAUUAUCCACCAUUCUUUCGUGAAGCACCACCAUUGGGACACUCACGGCCCUACUUCCCCAUUCCCGACAGUCCAGUAAUACCGAAGUUUGCCGCACCACACCCGGAACAAGUGCCACUCGGCCCAACACAACGUAGCUUUGAUCCGGCUAUUUUGGGCUCCGGUGAUUUUGGUGUUUUGCGUGGCGGCACGUUCUAUCCCGAAGAGGAAAUGCCUUAUCACACAGAUGAAAAUAGUGAUUUCAAUCAAUACUACGGUGAUGCCAAUGGACAUGGCCGCCCAUCGAAUGAAGAAUUCGUGCAGAAGUAUACAUAUCCCGAAGAACAAUUUGCCGAUUUCCGUGAUUUUGCCGAUAUAAAUACGCCAGCUGAUUCGGCUUUCUCCCAAUUUGUUGUGGUGUACGCAGCGAAAAAUUCCACCAAGCCAAGUACACAUCCACGUCCAAAGAAUAUUUUCGAGCAAUUGGAGCUGCUCGAUCGUGAAAAAGAGGAGGAAGAUAGGGAGGAAAAGAAGCGACGAUCGAGCAAAUCAAAAUCGAAACUCUCCAAGACGAAAUUGCAAAAGAAAUAUAAGAAGAAAACGAGUCCGAAGGAUGUGGACUAUGAGCCGCUCUUGGCGUUAAGCUAAGCUGUUGCUGUUACUGGUAGGCGUGGUUAAGUAAAUUAUAGCGUAUGUCAUUAUUUAUAACAAGUGAAUGAUUAGUUUGAAA